AGGGGGAGACCGUGGAAUGGACGAAGAGGGGGGAGAGGGAAGUUUUGUAGCGAAGUCGAGAGGCGUGCCAAACAAUCAGCGAUUUUGGACGAGAGAGGCGCGCGUCGCAGAGAACACAUGGCAACGCACCGGAUCCAUUACGCAGCGUCAAGGAGCCGCUGCGAGAGGAAAGGGACUCCCUGAGGUUCCUCUGUUUGUUGCUGCUGUUUUUGGUGCUCCAUCCUGUGCGGUUCUGACUGAACUGGAAAGUCAAUCUUGAAGUUCGGGCGGAUAUUUACGGCCUGUCUUGUCGCCGAGAUGCAGGGCCUGAGCUCCAGGGCUCACGCGUUCUCCGUGGAGUCUCUGGUGGGGAAGCCUUCAAAAAGGAUGAAAGUGUCCGAGAGGCAUGUGUCAAGUUCAGCUGCAGGCGCUGGUGGCAACGGGAGCAACUUUAGAGACCUGCCCGAACAGAUGACCGAAGCACUGUCAUCACCGUGGAGGCCGGGGGACGCUCCCGGUGACCCGCCAGGGCAGAGCGGGACGGAGGAGUCGGACCCGGGCGGCGAGGAGAGCGACUCCCGGCCAGAAAGAGUGGUCCGGGCGGAGCUGCAGGGCUCCGAGCUGUGGAAGCGAUUCUAUGAGAUCGGAACGGAGAUGAUCAUCACUAAAGCUGGCAGAAGAAUGUUUCCUUCGGUGCGCGUCAAAGUGCGCAAUCUGGACCCCUGCCAGCAGUAUUACGUGGCGAUGGACGUCGUUCCCGUGGACUCCAAACGCUACAGGUACGUGUACCACAGCUCGCAGUGGAUGGUGGCCGGGAACACGGACCACUCGUGCAUCUCUCCGCGCCUCUACGUGCACCCGGACUCGCCGUGCACGGGAGAGACGUGGAUGCGACAGGUGAUCAGCUUUGACCGGGUCAAGCUCACCAACAACGAGAUGGACGAUAAGGGGCAUAUCAUUCUUCAGUCGAUGCAUAAAUACAAGCCCCGGGUGCACAUCAUCCGACACGACCCUCGGAUGGACCUGUCGCAGAUCCAGUCGCUGCCGGCCGAAGGCGUGCACUCCUUCUCCUUCCCAGAGACCGAGUUCACCACAGUCACGGCCUACCAGAACCAACAGAUCACCAAGCUGAAAAUCGACAGGAACCCGUUCGCCAAAGGCUUCAGGGAUCCAGGACGGAACAGAGGGGUUCUGGAUGGCCUGCUGGAGUCAUACCCUUGGAGAGGCCCUCUGAGCUUGGACUUUAAGCCUUUCUCCAUACAGCUCCAAGGGAGCUCACUGUCGCCGAGCAGUGGUGUGAAGAGCUUUCUCCCCCUCUCGUCGUCCUCGCCUCUUCUACCUCUGUCCUGUCCCGACACUGCGCUCCACGCUCUCACCCUGCCCAUCUUUGGGAAGACCUCCACCAGCUCGCCCUCCGUUUCCCCGCUGCCCGGCAGAGCCUUCUCCUCCUUGGGGGUGGACGGACUGAGAGGUAUCCCCUCCCUGCCUCCACUAGCAGACCUGCCGCUUAUCUCCGCGCUCCAGGGGAAGAAGCCCCUCAACUGCAGGGAUCCGUGUCUGCACAGGUCCCCCGGGAGCUCCCCGUGCCUCAUCCCCCUCCACACCCCUCUGAGUCCCCCAGGAUCGUCACUCUUGCCUCAUCUCGCCGACACCGCCGCCCCCUACUGUCUUUACAGCUACAGCUUUCCCCUGAGCCCCCAACUCACAGCUAUUUCUCGACACGGCAAACUGAGCGAAGACACCACAGACUGCCUGCUGCGGCCCCCUUCGUGGCAGCAAACCUCCAGCCACUGCCUCUGACAGCUGGACUGGACUCUGAGACACCGGCCCAAAACGGGAAUCAAGCCAAAGCUCAGUGCCACUAAACAACUAACCCUAAAGAAGUACUUUUCUACUUCAAGCAAGACCGAAUGGAAAAAUGACUGUGGGGCGGACGUUUUGUAUUUAAGAACUGUUUAACGCUCUGUGUUGCGAGUUCAAGCACAAAAACCGACCCUGAAGCCGGUUUAUCCUGAGCCAAAAACAUCCAAACUUCAAAUAAAUGUACAAAUCUUAUGGCUCAGGGAGGACAUGGAUUGUUUUUUCCCCCUCUUUAUUACACCUAAUCUUUCUAUGAAGUAAGUUCUUCCCACAAUGUUACCAAAGAGCAGCAACAAAAGAACCUGAGGCAUGUCAAAUAGUUACAGAGAAACGUGCCGAUUACUGUUACGGUUGCUGUUAAAAUAACGACGGUCAAGUGCCCAUUAAAGUAUUUUUCUUUACUUUGA